AUGGAGGGGCGGCCCCAAAGAGGGGCGGUUUCCUAAACUCAUGGCGGCGUUGGUGCUGUCGCCCUGUGCGGUGAUGCGGCCGCAGUGCCGCCAGCUCUGGCGUCUGUUCCCUCACGGCCGUGGGCUUUGGGGUCCGGCGGGGAGUUCGCGGCCGGGAGAGGCGCGCUGCUGUCUAGGGGUCCGGGCCUUCAGCGUCGCGCCGCCAUCGCCGGAGGCCCAGGGGCCCGAGCCCAAGGGCGGCCAAUCCGGGCCGCGCCGCCCGAAGCCCGGGCCCGUUUCUUGGAAGUCUUUAGCGUUGACUUUUGCCAUUGGAGGAUCUUUAUUGGCUGGAAUGAAGUACUUCAAGAAAGAAAAGAUAGAAAAGCUGGAGAAGCAACGGCAUCGAAGCAUUGGGAAGCCUUUACUAGGAGGACCAUUUUCCCUCACAACUCAUGAUGGAGAGCCCAAAACUGACAAGGACUUCCUAGGCCAGUGGGUAUUGAUUUAUUUUGGCUUCACUCAUUGCCCUGAUAUCUGUCCAGAAGAACUAGAAAAAAUGAUUCAAGUUGUGGAUGAAAUAGACAGUAUUCCAUCCCUGCCAAAUUUAACUCCACUUUUCAUCACCAUUGACCCAGAAAGGGACACAAAAGAAGCCAUCUCAACUUAUGUGAAAGAAUUUUCUCCCAAAUUGGUUGGUUUGACUGGCACAAAAGAAGAGAUUGAUGGAGUGGCCAGAGCAUACAGGGUCUAUUACAGCCCUGGCCCUAAGGAUGAAGAUGAGGACUACAUAGUUGAUCAUACAAUAAUAAUGUACUUGAUUGGACCAGAUGGAGAGUUUCUUGAUUACUUUGGCCAAAACAAGAAGGCGGCAGAAAUAGCUGGUUCAAUUGCUGCACACAUGAGGUCACACGUGAAGAAGAGGUAGCCAGAGUGGUGUCACCAGACACAGGAUUGUCUUGUUGAAGAGGAAGGAGGCUUUGUCUCCCAGAGGAGCCCGGAUAUAAUGUAACAUGUACAGAAUGGCCUUUCAUACCCUGAGAUGUUUCAUUCUACAUGAGAUGUUGCCCUUGAACUCAGCCAACCCGGUCUGCCACAUAUCUCCCAUGAGUCCAAAGGGCCAGGAUAAGCAGAGCCAGUGGAGAACAGGCCUCCCAGAGCCAUCAAGAGCACCCUUCCAUAGGAAGGAGGGCAGCAUUGCUACCCCAACAAUGCCUGGGACCUUGCUCAGUCGAAUUGUGGGGCCACAUUCUACAGUGGGGUGUCAUUUCCAUAGUGCUCUUGCCUUUUCAACUUGUGUGCCUAUUUGCUUGCAGAUGGUCAAGAUAAGCAUUCAAGUUUAUCUUUAUACUUGAGAAUAGAACUCAGUCUUCCUUGAAAAGGAAUGUCAAGUUUUCAUUUCGUUCCCUCAGCAGAUGCUGCUUUGACUACUGAAAGAGAAAACUUACUGUUGGGCAUAACUGUUGCUUCAGUUCCUGCAUUUUUUUUUUUUUUUUUUUU